AGUUCCGCUUGGAUAAGAAGAGCGAUAAUACAGAAAUAAAGUAGAAUGACUGUUUUAUGGCUGCUCCAGUUUUCCAUUGUGACUCUUCAAAUCGUCCUCGGAAUCCUGUUUGCCCUGGCAAAAGGAGACUUUUGUGGAAGCGUUUUCGAAACUCAACUGGAUCAUGCAUUAGCAGGUCAUGUUGUGUAUACGACUGUUGUUGUGGACGAGUUUGAAUGUCAGUUAAAAUGUAUGGGAAACAACCGUUGCAAGUCGAUCAAUGUUCACCCCGGUGACAGCAUUGGACAACGUAUCUGUGAGUUGAAUAAUAAAACGCGGCAGAUGAAGCCAGAGGAUUUUAGAAAAAGGAAAGGAUCUACAUACUAUAGCUCUGCUCAGGCUUCCUGCAUGGAUAUUUCUCGUGAGCAAAGGCGACCCACUAAGAGCGCUCAGUGUCAUCCGGGAUACCAAGGAACACGGUGCCAAAUGCCUCCCGUGGUGAGAGUAUUCAUCCGCAGUGAAGGUUGCGAGGAUCCGGGAAUCACAGCAAACACUUGUGGCAUUGCUUACAUCAAAGUGAAUGGAAAAGAUUAUUCUCCGCACAUCAGAGGCCAUAACGUGGUUGUUAUCAACGCUAUGACAGGUACUGUACUAGGAGCCAAAGGAUUUGACACUCAUGCGAAUAGUUCCGCUGGUAUUCACCUGAGAGAUUACCUUAACGGAAUCAAAGGAGAAAAAAUCGUUCUGGUCGCCAUUCAAGAUCAAGGCUCAACAUACAUAUCACCAGCGAUUGACGCUCUAAAAAGAGUUGGCGCCACCGAUGACCUACUCAAUCUGACAGAGUUCAGAGCAUCUUUUGCUUUGGUGGGAUUCGCCGGUGUGAAUAGACCAUCUUGGAUUGCACAACAAAAUGCCAAGCGAGAAAGGGGACCCAGUGAGAUAUCUCUGACAAUCCCAUCAUCAGAAGCUAUCAAAGGCAUAUAUUACAAUCAGCCUGGCCAUUCCUGCAAGGACAUCCGGGACUCCGGAUAUUCCGUUGGAGAUGGGGAGUACUGGAUCGACCCUGAGAAGAACGGAAACCCUUUAAAGGUCUACUGUGACAUGACAACUGACGGAGGAGGUUGGCUUCUUGUUUCUAACGUUGUGGUAGACGACCCGUCCUCGCGACAGCUUUGGAUUGCGUCAUCAUACCGUGAAAUCAGCAACUGCCACUGGAACAAAACGUUGUUCAUCACAGAAAAUGCCAUGAAAGAACUGAGAACACACUUGUCUUUCACUCAGCUGAGAUUCCACUGCAACAAACAAAAAGGACGAAUGAUCCACGUGACCACAGCUGCAAACAGCUCUGGUGAAGCUGUAGUUCAGUACUUCAGCGGUCAGACGGAUAGGCGACCUUUGGCGUGUGGCUCGUUUAAUAGAAUGAAAGAUGAUAACUCCAAUAUAACUGGAGUCUGUCACCAAUGGAAAGACCAGCAGUGGGGUUACCCACCGUCGGCAAAAGAGACAUUGUCCGACCGCGCCUUUUGUGUCCCUAACAAAUAUCACUGGUUGUUGAUUCCUGGAAAUCAAAGAUGGGAGUGUGACGACUAUAUUUCUAAAAUAUUUUUUGCGUUGUCCUCUGGCGAUUUCUGGAAAGUCUUUGUUCGUUAAGGCCUGGAAACACCUACAUCCGCUUCCACUUUUCCUGUGAAACUUUUCUCUGCAAAGUAAGACGUCAUGAUCAUCGGAUAACUGUAACGAGCUUUCAAACUUUUUUAAUUUGUUUUUUAUCAUUCGAACAAUUUGCGAGGUUUUCGUUUUUAUAUUUCGUAUGUUAGUUUGUGGCCUGAACGUCUUGGAGGAGUUGGUAUUUCACCUCUUAUUCAAAUACUACGGAGCCUUAGGGGAUUAGGUAGAUUGUGUUGUAAAAUCCUCCGACCGACCUCUACCCCACCCCCCCUCCCCCUUCUGGAGAUACGAAAUGACUGGUACUACGGACAAGCGAGUCUUUACAACACUUGGAAGUACCUUUGCUUUGACGUUGAGUUAAGCCUCCUUAAAAUCUCCUGGUACAAUCAUUCAGGGAGACUAUUUCAAUUUAUCGCUCUGUUUUGAUUUGCAGUUGGUUUGCUAGUUUGAGUUUGUUUUUACAACCGUUGCUUUUAGAAAAAAUUGGUUGUUCAAGGUAAUUUCAUAACAAUAGUUCACUUAGAAAUGCAAAUUUCAUUAGGAAAACUUGGAAUAGAAAUGCUGAGACAAAUUUGUUAGAAGAUGUAGUGACAUUAUUAAAAAAAACACAUUACAGCAGGGUUGACGUAGCCAUUUCACACACGAAAUUUUAAAAUAAUAAAUUUCAGUAGAUUUUGAUGUUUAAAAAGCUCAAGGUAAAACUAUUUCUAAAGUGAUUUUGUAAAUAUUUGACAUGUAGAUGAUUAUGCGCGCAGACACACACAACCUUUUCAUUCCCGUUCCGUUCCCAAACUUCAUUAGUAUGGGUACGGAACGACUUAACUAACUGAGUACGAAUGGUCUUAGCUGGGUACGAAACGACUGGCAUCCGCCCGUGGUUGUCGGUGAAUUUCUUUGGGUUGUUGGCGAACUGGCUUAGCAUGGGAUGUCGGCAAGCUGGCCCAAGUUGUCAGCGAGGGCCUAAGUAAUCGGCAAACUGGCCUUGGUUGUCGGCACACUGGCCUAAAUCGUCGGCAAACCGGCCUUGGACAAAGAUACAAACACAACACCGACGAAUAUUUCAAUAAAUCGAUAGAGUUUAAGCAUAUUACAUAAGCAUAAUACAUAAUACUGUGUUCCUGAUAUUCUUUACAGUGCUUAUAUUGCAUUUUGGUUUUUACAUAAUCUCAUUGUAAUGGUUUCUGAAUAAACCAUCAUUGUACGAAGCCAAUAAAGUUAUUACUAUUAUUGUCA